AAAAGUUAGAGAAAACGAUAAUCCCAAGAAAGCUUCUGGAGAUAAGUCAAAAUCCAGCUCCAACUUACUAGGAGCUGUUAGGUCACAAUAAACACCGCCAUAAAGAGUGAAUCUCUGUCGAUACUCUGAGCAGGAUUCAAGAAAGGAAAAACAAGAAUGCAUAAAGUAACAACAGCAAAACCAGAGACACAGGCGGAAUACAUGGGAGCAAACAAGAGUGUGGAGAGAGAUAUUGGAGCAGACGAGCAAAAACGCGUAGAAGAUCUAGCAGUGACAGAUGAGAAAGCUGCAAGGGGAGGAAAUAUGAUACUAAAGAAAGGAGAUCUUAGUCAGCGUUAGGACUGCAAAGGAAUCGAACCACUAUUAGUAUCCAGAGAUGUUUUCGACAGAAUAGCACAUAAACUGUACUUGAGGACAACUCAAAAUGACAGCCCAGGACAGAGUUGUUUAGAGAUUCCCUUUUAACAGUCCAUGGCCCACGAGGCGUUUGUCAUUAAAUAAUCGUAGAACAUAAAGUUACGUUAUAAUAGCAUACUGUAUCUUAAGUAAUUAUUUGGGUUUUACAAUUUUCUUAACUUUACUGUCCCCUUCGGAACUGAUCAUCUUUGAUGUCAUACAGGAGGAUCCAAAAACUGCGACCAAAUAAACUGCUAGUGAGAGUUCGUUUUUCUCAGCGUGGUAAAUGUUUGGAGCCAACCUAUCCGAGCUAGUGUCAUCAGCCCUACUAGUGAAUACUUUGGAAGAGGACCUUGAUCUCGACUGGAAAACGAGCUACAAGAAUUAGCACAGGUUAACCGACCAACAAUCCCUGACAUUGAGGAUUGCGAGUGAGUGAAGACUGACCUUGACUGGAUAGUGUUACUAACUGUAGGUCAGAGAGUCCUGAGAUUCACAACUUCGUCAAAGAUCAUCAAGGCUACAAUUUUGGUCCGUAUACUAGACGCGAAUUCGACUUAGUCUAUAAAGAUUUUCAGUGUUUUCAGAUGUCCACCGUAACAGAUGACGAAAUCAUAAAGAGAAGACUUUUAAUCGAAGGCGAAAGUGGAAAUGAUGAUCGCAGAAUUACUCUAUUACUGAAAAAUUAUCUUCGAUGGGUAGCUUCUGAUGAUGUUGGUGAAGACGGCUACGAAGCCUAUCAAGCCCUUAUAGCUAGUGUUUACCAGUGUGAAAACGCCAUGGAACAGUCGUCAUUAGUAAUAGCUAUGAACUACGAACAGCAAAAACAGUAUGAGGAUUUAUAUAAGGAGAUUGAAACGGCCAUUGAAAGUGCAAAAAAUCGCAUUCAGCAAUGUAAAGAAGAUCUGAGGUCCGCAAAAACUGUCAGGAAAAAUAGACGAGAGUAUGACAGUCUUUCCAAAGUUCUUUGUGAUCAUCCAGAGAGAGAUGAGACACUUGAGAAGUAUAAAAAAUUAAAAGCUACUUUAGAACGACUGGAGAAUUUAAAUGAGGAGUACGACCGAAAAAUUCAGCUUAGAAAAACUCAAUUCCACUUGUUUUUGGUUGCCCUGAAGGGCUUACAAAAAAUUGUCGAGGAUGAUGAUUCGCUAUCUUCAGUCACAGAUGAUUUGGUGCAUACACAGUCAUCAAAGUCUGUACACGAAGAGAUUUCUAUGAAAAUGGAUACAAAUUGAAGAAUAUAUAUGUAUUUAUAGUAGCUGUAAAAUUUUGCUUUUGUUCAUUGCGAGAAAUUGAUUGACCUCGCUUCAAUCUUGAUACGAUCUUUGUACGUACGUCUUGUAAAUAUAAAGUAUCACAUGUAAAUUUGUUGUGAGAUAUGGUCAAUAUAAACUUCUCGUUUGACAACAUAAGGUCGAGUGGUUGAUAUUUGAUUAUUUUGUGUUAAACGUAUCUAAUUUUACUUUCUUACAUCGAAUUGUUUGUGAAAUCUAAGUCGAACUCUAAUUAAAAGGUUAACUAUGGUUGCAACAUUCAGCGUUAAUCGUUAACUAAUGUUUUAUGAAUGACAGUUAAUUUCGCGAUAACCCAAGUUCUUUGAAUUAGGCUUCAUUCUGCAGACAUUACUUGAGUUUCGAUAGAACAAUUAGAAAACUGAGUUGCCCUAUCGAAAUUUAUAAAAGGGACUAAUUGCUUUAAAUUACUUGAGUUCUUAAAAAGUUCGUUUGUCAUAAAUCCCAGUCACAAUUCUUUCAAUAGUUAAAAACAGCAAAGCAAACCGUUUCGUCAUGUACUCGUAGGAAAAUACGAGCAUCAAUAUUAAGAGUAUAAACAGUUUAAGGACUUAAUUUUAUCACUUUCUUGAUAUUUUGGAGAGGAGUAGUACCUUCGAAUGAAGUGUCAAACUCACAUUCUUUCACUAUUAUUGUAAAUUCACAAGUGGUAAGUGGAUACAAAUAACAUUUCAAAGACAUAGACAACGUAAGUGUAUCGUCUAUUUCAAUGAAGAGCCCCAAGUAAUUUGGAUUAUUUACACAUUACAGACUUCUAAAACAAUCAGGGAUUUGGUAAAGAUGGUCAAAAAAGCCAUGUUAGUCAGUUUGUGGUGCGUGCUACUUAUAUUGACAUAAGUAGUAUAUAAAGUGAGUCAGGAAUGUAAUGUCUGGCAGCAGAAGAUUGGGAAGAUCAAGAAAGGAAGGACAGGAUUAUAAAGCAAUCAGUAUAGAAAUGCAAGAACAAUGAAGUCCAAUACAAUUAUUGAACGUUUUGCAAAUUAGGUAUUAUAGUAUGGUUUUUCUAUUUUGACCAAGUAACUCUGUAAUUUUGUGCUAAAUAUAAUUCGGUUGUCCUCACCUGUGUUCUCCUUCACUACAAGUUCACUCCCAUCCUUUUUCCUAAUACUUUCGAAAAAUAUUUUUGAAAAAAUGAAGUUUUCGGUUUGCUUAUUUUGACCUAUUACCUUUACAGACAUCCACCAUCUAUUCAACAUUCAUUUAAUCAUCGUCGAAUUUUCAUUUCUCAUUUACGACUAUUAUGAUAGCUAGUCUUAUUUUAACACUACUAAGUAGGACGUUUAACUCUUUAUCAGUUAAACCAUCCAAGUAGUUAGCUUUUAUCAUAAUCUUUUUAACUAUUAUUGUCAUCAUUAUCAUUACCGCUUUGCAUAUGAUUAUUUUAUGAAUUUUUUUAAGGUAAUUUCUACCAGUUUUCCCAUUUCAUGUAGUGCGCAUGUCUGCUGAAAUCGAUUAUAUCAUGACCUCUCGUUUAUUUCGUCUAUAAACCACAUUUACACGGGUAUCAAAAUAACCAUAAUUGUUCACCGGUGAACUAGAUAACCAUACUUUUGAGGUUAACUGGGUCAUUUUUUGCUGGUAAUUUAUCGUAAUUCAUCGUAGAAUGAAAAGCUUGAAACAAAGCAUAAUUUUUUCCAGUUGUGAAUACACACAUGUUACACAUGUGCAUGUACAGAACAGCUGUAAUAUUCUGAUUAAUUGAAGUAGUACAUUUUUCAUCGACUGAUUUUUCAUAAUAUUUUCUUGACUAUCAUUACGGACCUACAUACUCCAGUAAGAUGCAUUCAUAAUCACAUCAUUGGAAAAUGAAAACUUUGAAACUACAAAUAUAAGCUUUCUCAGUAGAAAAACACUGUACACCUUGGAUAUGUUGUGAAUGAGAAAGUUUAUGUAAUUAAUAUCUUGUAGGGUGGCGUCGAGUCGAGAUUGACUAUGAACACCGCUACCAAGAAACACGUGCCAAGUAAAUCAGAAGGCGAAGGUUGAACGUAACCAAAUAAAUCCAUAAAAUCGCCGAGAAGCCAAAUAUCAGAAGACAGUUAAUGGACCAAAUCGAGAUAUAUUCGCUGGCGAUCUCGUGGCAUCGAAAGGAUACCGAGAUCGUGCCAGGAUACAAAUUUUGUUACGGAACGUAACCGAAUUCGAGCGAAGUCACAAUCAAAGUGUAAGAAUAAGGAUGGAAGCACAAAAUAGCUGUCAUUAGCACAGUCAAACAAAAGCACAUUAAAACAAACACUGGUACAGUUGGUUAUAAUAAUAAUUGUUUUUGUUAAACCAGUCGUGUUCUCGUGAUGAAUGUGAGUCACUACAAUCUGAUGAGCAUUUUAUAAAAAUAGAAAAAACAGUUUCGUGAAGUAAUGGUGUGAGUGAUUUAAAAUAAUAAAAGUAACUAAAUAUUGUUAAUUUUCAGCAAAUUAAUAUCAUUGUUGGAUAUCAUGUUGAAAUGUCUCGAUUUAGUAUACAAAUGAUGAAAAUAUUCAUUCCACUAAUUUGCACACGAAAGUUAACAGACGUUUUCAAACUGUUGUCGUUUUCAAAAGUCAGGAAUAAUCUUUAUAUGCGAACACUAACCACUAUUAUUUACUCAGUGGUAAACAGGUCACCAAAUUCGAAGUAAGUUUUCAAAACAAACUGACAUUACCUGGAGGUCAAGUGUAAAGCAAUGGAUUACUGUAUAGCUGUUAUUUCUCAUUUAUCUGCCGAUCAUAUUUCAUCGCUAAAUAAACUUACAAUUAUUUGGGACACGUUAACUAAUUGACAUUCUGGCUACAUUUUAGUACAAUGAGGAUUACAUCGACUUACUGCAACCCUGGAUUUGUUUCAUCAUAAUACGACUGGUGAAUAUUCUAGUACCAGUGUUGAUAUAAAUCAAGUUCAAUUACAAAGAGGUGUAAUUUUAGUGUUAGACCAGUAAUAACAAUAUUUCAGUCCAGUUGUGUCCAUUCGAUCUUAUCGUACUUUGAUUUUGUUUAAUGCUACUGCAUAUUACAAUCAAUUCAACCACUCAAGUGUACAUUCAGGAACAUUCGUAUCCGAGUUCUUACUUAAUCCAUUAGUCCUCGGUCAUCGAGUUAAGGAUAACGAACAUAACAACCACAUGAAAGUGCAAUAAACUAAAUGUUAUAGAGAUGGUUGAGAGAAACUUGGUUUGUAAAUAAUCGUCGUUAAUAUUUCUACAUUUUAAAAAAUCUGCAAUUUUUCACUUUACUAUUGACUGCUAAACAGUUUAUCUGAAUCACGAUGUUGCUUAUCUGAUCUUAACACACUUCUUCCAUUGGUUAUCGGUCAUGAUUCGUGCUUCUAAACUUACUUUUUUCUAUCGAUUACACUGUUGAACAUAUCAGGCUACAAAUAGACCUGUUAUUAGGAAUCGCACUAGUUGUUAUCUCAUUAGUUUGUAGUGACUCACGUUUAUCACGAGAACACGACUGGUUUAAUAAAAACAAUUAUUAUUAUAACCAGCUGUACCAGUGUUUGUUUUAAUGUGCUUUUGUUUGACUGUGCUAAUGACAGCUAUUUUGUGCUUCCAUUCUUAUUCUUACACUUCAAUUGUAACUUCGCGCGAAUUCGGU